CCGAUGUCUAUCCUUUCCACCGUCGGACUGUGAACAACGUGGUCGUCCGCGAACAUGGCGCUGUACAAUUUUAAAAAGAUUAUGGUGGUCCCCACCUCAAAGGACUUCAUCGACAUCACCCUCUCCAAAACACAAAGGAAAACUCCGACGGUCGUCCACAAACAUUACCAGAUCCAUCGCAUACGACACUUCUAUAUGAGGAAAGUGAAGUUCACGCAGCAGAAUUACCACGACCGACUCACGCAGAUACUCGCCGACUUCCCCAAGCUGGACGACAUACACCCAUUCUAUGCCGAUUUGAUGAACGUUCUUUAUGACAAAGACCAUUACAAACUGGCACUGGGACAAAUUAACAUCGCUAAGAACCUGAUCGACAAUGUGGCGAAAGAUUAUUGUCGCUUGAUGAAAUAUGGCGACUCCCUCUAUCGAUGCAAGCAGCUGAAGAGAGCGGCGCUUGGUCGCAUGUGCACUAUACUGAAACGCCAAAAGCAAUCUCUGGAAUACCUGGAACAAGUCCGUCAGCAUCUGUCCCGUCUGCCGACCAUCGAUCCCAACACCCGGACUCUGCUGUUGUGUGGAUACCCCAACGUUGGAAAGUCCAGUUUUAUCAACAAGGUGACCCGAGCUGACGUGGAGGUUCAGCCCUACGCCUUCACCACCAAGUCCCUCUUCGUGGGCCACAUGGACUACAAGUACCUCCGCUGGCAGGUGGUGGACACUCCCGGCAUUCUGGACCGCCCCCUGGAGGACAGGAACACCAUCGAGAUGCAAGCCAUCACGGCACUGGCCCACCUGCGCUCCGCCGUCCUGUACAUCACCGACCCGUCCGAGCAGUGCGGUUACAGCCUCGGCCAGCAGAUGGAGCUCUUUCAAAGCAUCCGCCCCCUGUUCUCCAGUAAGCCUCUCCUGGUAGUGGCCAACAAGUGUGACGUGCGUAAGAUCAGCGAGCUCCCCGAGGAGAGCCAGAAGCUGUACGCGGACCUGGAGGCCGACGGCAUCCCCGUCAUCGAGAGCAGCACGCUCACGGAGGAGGGCGUCAUGCAGGUCAAGACAGAGGCGUGCGACCGCCUGCUGGCGUUCCGCGUUGACAACAAGAUGAAGGGCAAGAAGGUGCACGACGUGCUGAACCGCCUGCACCUGGCCGUGCCCGCCAAGAGAGACGACAAGGAGAGGCCGGCCUUCAUCCCGGAGGGCGCCAGCGUGAGGCGCAAGGCCAUGGAGGUGGACCAGGCGGCGCCCAAGCGCAAGACGGAGCGCGACUUGGAGCUGGAGCUGGGAGACGACUACAUCCUGGACUUGCAGAAGUACUGGGACCUGAUGAACGUGGAGGAGCGACAGGACAAGGUGCCGGAGAUCUGGGAGGGCCACAACAUCGCCGAUUACAUCGACCCGGAGAUCAUGAAACGCCUGGAGGAUCUGGAGAAGGAGGAGGACCUCAAGGAGAAGGCGGGCGAGUACGACAGCGACAGCGAAUCGGAGGACGAGGAGAUGAAGGAGAUCCGACAGCUGGCCGGACAGAUCCGAGAGAAGCGCAAACUCAAGAUUCUGGAGUCACGCGAGAAGGAAAUCAUGGGCCCGCGUAUGCCCCGCACGGCUAAGAAGGUGGAGCGCAAGACCAUCGAGAAGGAGAUGUCGGGUCUGGGCUUGGACAUGACCGACAAGGACGAGUCUCACUACGCCGACAAGGCCCGUCGCUCCCGCAGCGUGGUCGCAGCCAAGAAGCGCAAGCGCGACGCCUCCGAGGUGGCCACCUCUCGCACCCGCAGCCAGAGCGCAUCCAGGCCGCCGAGAGACAAGUCUGGCAUGAGGGACGGCAAGAUGGUGAAGAAGGCCAAGACCAUGAUGAAGAAGUCCCAGGGGCCCAUGAGCAGAGACGGCCGCAAAGGCGAAUCCGAUCGCCACAUCUUCAGCCUGCGACCCAAACACCUGCUGGCGGGCAAGCGCAAGAGCGGCUCCACCAGCAGACGCUAAAAUCAGAUCACAUAAAAAACUGCUGCUCACCAUAGUGGACCUAUAUUAAAAAAAAUGGCUUACCAUGAUGGAUUUCUUUCACCCCCAAAAUGUCUUACCACCCGAAUAUUGCCAUUUUGAGCAUUUAUUCCUUUAAUAAUAUAUUUAGAUAAUGUUGAUAACUGAACACAUGCACACACCUUAAACACAGUUGCCUGUACACACACACACACACACACACACACACACACACACACACACACACACACACACACACACACACACACACAGGAGUUCAAAUUAAAAACGCACAUAUUGCGUUGGUCUUUGGGGAAAGACAAUAAAUUGUGUCUGACAUGUUAAUGCAGACAUGCUUGGUUUUGGGUAUUUUGGCGUCUGUCAAGAAGAGAAUUGUACUGUUGCUGUGAUUGAAUUUAUUUGUUUGUCAAACCAACGCACGUCAUACUAAACAUAGGUAAUCUCUGCUGAGUUUGUGUUGGCUGUGUGAACGACGAAAGGAUGCAUUGUUUUGUCAAUUCAAUAAAUAAGAACUUCAUAACAGCAAAAAAAAGAUUCUUGAGUAAUGGUGAAUGAAAUUGCACGUACUGUCAAACUGCAAGUAAUAUAUGUAUAUGAAUUAG